AAUUCUUCAUUGGGGUCAAAGGUGUUGGCGAAGCCGAAGUCGGUAAUAAUAAUGUUGCGGUUUCGAUCAAGAAGCAGAUUUUCCAGUUUCAGAUCCCGAUGCACGAUUCCCUUCUUAUGGAGAUAUCCAACACCAGACACGAGCUGGGCAAACAAGCGACGAGCUGCGUUGUCCUUUAGAUAGCGGUGGUUAAGGAUGUAGUCAAAAAGUUCACCACCCGACGCGUACUCGAGGAUGAUACCAAUGUGUCGGUCUGUCUCGACCUUGUCGAUUAGACGCACAAUAUUAGGAUGUUGGACUCCGCGAAGGAUGGCAACUUCGCGGUAAAUCUUGGCGAAACGAGAGGGGUUGCUACCCACACUGUCUCUCUUGAUGAGCUUGAUAGCAACCUGUGAUAUUGUGAGUCGAGUGUCUCCAAUAAAAUUAAUUGCUAGCUUACCUGGACGCUACUGUCCUGUUUCCAGCCCAGCUUCACUUUGCCAAAUUCACCCUCACCGAUGGUGUUACCCAGAAUAAAGUCGCCGAACUUGGUAUUGCCCUUGUGGCUUCGACUAUGAUCGUGUCGGCUUCGCUGUCCUCGUCGUUCCUCAUGGUGAUCACCCGUCGCGACAACAGGAGGGGGCGCUGCGGCAUCUUCGACGUUGUUGUGCUGAACUGCAGCAUGAUUGCGAUCCCGGUCGAUGGUAUCUUGAGCAGCUGCAAUUGCUUUUGUCAAGCUGUCAGUGGCAUCGUGGACGGGUUUCGAGGGCGUGCUAUGUGCGGAUCGAACAGGCAUUGAAGUGGUUGCGGCCCUGCCGUCUCGGCUACUGGCUCGGGCAGCAGUGUCAGCCUUGCUGCUUCGGUGACCGUUCUCGACAGCUGCUGAAUCACCACGCGAACCAGUUCGAGUGGAUUCGUUUCGACGGGGAGAGUUGGUCGACUUUUCGUUAGAAUACUGAGACCUCCGCGAACUACCACUUUGGUGGUUGGACGAGGUCCUUGGGGGAGCGACGGGAGGCAUGUUGCCUUGCCAGUCGGAGGCAGAGGCUGAAGGUUCCUGGUCGUUGGGCGCUGAGGCGGUGACGGGUGAACCGAAGGCGGGAGCUAGAUGGUAAGAAGGUGAGGGAGCGCUGUCGUUCGUUUUUCGAGAAGGAGGUCGUCGCGAAGAUGAAGAAGCGGUCGAGGUCUGCUGGGCAUUGUACGCCUGGCUGUUACCGUUAGGGGAUGAGUGCGAGGGCCUGUACUGGCGGGACGACGGUGUGCUCAAGGGGGACGAGGCCAGAGCGGUGUGUUGAUGGGGGGCCGUCUGUAAGGCAGCCGACGACAUCUUCCACACCCAGACGCGUAAAAUAAAUUUGACGGAUCGAACCGUUUGUCAGAGCGUUUUUAAAGCACACAAUACAACGAUGUGCGCGAGAGUUGAGGUUUUCUGGCAGUAGCGCUCAGGGAAAAAAAAGCCAGGCGGCGGACGCGAAUAUGCAGGUCGAAAUACCUGGCAGUUUCAGACAGCCCGGUCUAGGGAAGCGCUGAACCGGGGAUAAUAUGCACGCGGCGCCAGAGAAGCAGUUGUAAGCGACGAAGACGGAGCAAGCCGUUUCCAAAUCAAGGAACGAGUAGUAAAAAUGAUUUUGGGCAAGAGUUGGGAAGAGCAAGUAGAGUUGAGUUCGUGCGUGUCUCGACUAUCUCAUGGUGCGCGCGCGACGAAUUGCGAAUUACUCGAUAUCGGUCGUAUCCGCUUUCUUGCUGUCUGCUUGCUUCUUGCUCGCUUGUUUUGGCUUCUGAUUAUAUUUUCGGGGCGAACGGGACUGAUCCAAUACAAAGCUGAGUUCUGCGGUCUGAGGUGCAGCUAAACGGCCGCGACGGGCGGAUCAGGAUUGGAGGACGGCCGACGCUGGAUGCGUUGGCAGCCAAACAGGGCUGGGCUGCGAAUGGCACUGAACUGAAUCUAGGACUGGAUCCAAUUGGGCUUGACGAGACGGAACUUGACUGGACUGGAGGUUGGGGCGCACGAUGGAGCGCAAAAGAGAGUUGAGAUCGUCGGUUCAACCUAACGCGCAACGCAAUGCGAUGCUAUGCUAUGCGAUAGUAGCGACGCGCAACGUCAAAGGAGACGUGAAAUAUCAAGUCGCCAGCCAGAAACAGGCGAGUAAAGAAGAAGGGAAAGAGUCAAUCGGGAACGAGGUUCAAUUAAACGGCGGAUGUGGUAACAGUACAACUGCCAACCACCAAACCAGUCCAAACAAACCAGGUAGGUCCCUAACGUUAGGUGAAUUUAGCAAAAUGGUGCGAGGUCCGUGUCUUGAGUCGGGGCCUCUCGCGCUAUCAGAGUCAGACAGAGAGGUUGGAACUUGAAGGUGGAGGGAUGGAGUCAGUCUGAAGGGGAACUUUGCAGCCACAUGCCCCUUGUAAGCCAGUAAAUUUAGUGGACGGGAGGGAAGCAGAAACAAGCGUCAAUCGGAUCUAAAGAGGUUUGAG